AAUCAAAAUGGUGACUACUGGACUAUGCUGUGCAAAUCUGAAGGAUGACAAGGCUCUGAUGAAGAUGGGCUUGGGACUGGUGCUGGUGGGUCACGUGAACUUCCUGCUGGGAGCUCUGGUGCACGGUGCUGUGCUCAGACACAUAAAUGUUCACACCCAAGCCCGUGCCAUGGAGUAUGCCAUUUCCAAUGUCAUUGCCCUCGUAGCAGGACUAUUGGCAGUUAUUGGGGGAAUAUCGGCCAUUGUCCUCUCUAAAAACAAGAAGAAUGAGCCUCUUAAAUGGGUGUUGUUUGUGGUCAGCCUACUGUCAGUUCUCCUGGGCUCUGCCUCAGCCAUUGGGGUCAGCAUCUCCAUGGUGAAGGCUUUUGUAAAUGAAGGCCGCAUUCUGCUCACCCACUGUAAGUUUGAGACAGACAUCGGUUUCUUCAGCAUCACCAACGAAUGCCCAUUUGAUCCUACUCGUGUUUAUGGUACUACUCUGAUUCUCUGGGCUCCACUCAUUCUGAUGUCUGUGGUUGAGGUGGUGUUCUCCGCCCGCUGUUUCCUUGCCUGCAUCUCCUUCCUUCGCCUCCCCUGUCCCUGGAGGAAUAGAAGGAGAAGAAGAAAGGUCCUUGUUAAUAAGAGGGUGCGUGUUGUGGAACCAGUAGAGCUGUCCCCACCACCCCCUGAAGAUCCUUCAGAAGAGGCAGAACCUGCAGAAUGCCACGAACUUCUGAAUCACGGUUCCCCCAGUAAGGAGGCCAGUGAUUGGCUCUGA